UCUGGCUCAACAAACCACACACAAAUCAAGGGGAGGAGAGGAAACCAAUCAAUGGCUGCUGCUUCUGUUCUCUUCUUCCUCCCUAAACCCCCGCCUCUCCACCUCCAUCACCACCACCGCCACCAGCAUCUGCAGCAGCUCGUCGGACUUCGCCUUCCCGGUCCCUCACGCCGUCGGCAGUGGCGACGUUUCGACUCCUACCCUGUUCGCGCCACCAAGAACGGCGACGCCGCCGACCCCCCGGACCGCCUUCUCGCCGCCGUCUGCUACCUGUACCCCUUCCUUGACGGCGUCCACUACGGGCGCUUCGUGCUGACCCAGUUCCCGGCGUUCCAGGUCCUCCUCCAGCCCCUUGUCCCGGCCAUUCGCCUCUUCCGCUCCUCCCCCUUCACCCCCUUCCUCCUCUUCCUCACCCUCUAUUUCGCCGUCGUCCGCAACCCCUCCAGGUUUAGCCGUUACGUCCGCUUCAACACCAUGCAGGCCAUCGUCCUCGAUGUCCUCCUCAUCUUCCCCGACCUCCUCGAACGAUCUUUCAACCCGAGUGAGGGCAUCGGGUUGGACCUCCUCCAGAGCCUCGACAGCACUGUCUUCCUGUUCCUGUUCCUGUCGCUCAUCUACGGGUCCUCUGCGUGCCUCCUGGGGCAGGUCCCUCGGCUGCCUAUCGUCGCCGAGGCCGCCGAGAGGCAGGUCAUGUGAAGGAUGCAAUAGUCCAGAUAGGAGGGUGAAUCUCAGGUGCCAUGGCUUGCCAAAGAUCUUCAUUACAUAAGGGAGGGAGGAAAAGGGGAGAGUGGAGAGGAAGAGGCGGAUGGGGUGGAAUUCCUAUGCAUUGCACAGUCCUUGAAGGAAACACAGAAAGAGAAGAGGGCAGUGAGAGGAAGAGAGGGAGCAGGGAGAAGUGAAUUGGGAUGAGGCUGCUGCAUUUUGCACUUAUUUUGAGGGUAAAAUUGAAGUCUUAAAGAGGAGUUGGACUUUGGUUUUUGCUUUUGUUUAAGUUUCAGAUGAUAUAUGUAUUCAUGGACAUGCCUUUAUGACGCAGAGGAAAUCCUAGUAAAUCUCUAAAAUCUGA